GGCUAGGCGGUGGCGGCGAGGAAGAUGGCGGUGGUUCCCGGAGCUUCGGGCUGGCGGUGGCGGUGGCGGUGGAGAUGGCCGGGGAGUGGGGUUCGGCCGGUCUGGGCGGGGUUCGGCACUUUGCUCCUACUCCUCUUGCUAGGAUCUGGGCCGGGGCUGGGGCCGGCCGGGGCAGACCAAACCGAUGAGUACCUGAAGCGGGAGCACUCGCUGUCCAAGCCGUACCAGGGUGUGGGUACUAGCGGUUCUUCACUGUGGACCCUGAUGGGGAAUGCCAUGGUGAUGACCCAGUAUAUCCGCCUUACCCCAGAUAUGCAGAGCAAACAGGGAGCCCUGUGGAACCGGGUGCCUUGCUAUUUGAGAGACUGGGAACUGCAAGUGCAUUUCAAAAUCCAUGGACAAGGAAAGAAAAAUCUGAAUGGGGAUGGCUUCGCAAUCUGGUAUACAAAGGAUCGGAUGCAGCCAGGGCCUGUCUUUGGGAGCAAGGACAACUUUGUAGGACUGGGAGUAUUUGUAGACACCUAUCCCAAUGAGGAAAAGCAGCAAGAGGCCCAGAAGAGGAGAUAUUCUCCAGGAGUCCAGCGGGUGUUCCCAUAUGUCUCAGCCAUGGUGAGCAACGGCUCCCUCAGCUAUGACCAUGAGCGGGAUGGGAGGCCCACGGAAUUGGGUGGCUGCACAGCCAUGGUUCGAAAUCUCAACCAUGAUACUUUCCUGGUGAUUCGCUAUGUCAAGAGGCGCCUGACGAUCAUGUUGGACAUCGAUGGCAAACAUGAAUGGAGGGACUGCAUUGAUGUGCCUGGAGUCCGCCUACCUCGGGGAUACUUCUUUGGCACCUCUUCUGUCACUGGGGAUCUCUCAGAUAACCAUGAUAUCAUCUCCCUGAAACUUUUUGAGCUGACAGUAGAGCGAACUCAAGAAGAGGAAAGGCUGCAUCGAGAUGUAUUUCUGCCCUCAGUGGACAAUAUGAAGCUGCCUGAUGUGACGCUCCCAAUGGAACCCUUAAGUGGCUUGGCCCUCUUCCUCAUCGUCUUCUUUUCUCUGGUGGCUGCUGUGUUUGCUCUUGUCAUCGGCAUCAUUGUCUACAACAAAUGGCAGGACCAGAGUCGAAAGCGUUUCUACUGAGCUCUUGCGGCUGCCACCACUGUGGCUAUAACCCUUAGGCACUGGGUGAGAAGCACUGGCCCCAGCAUGCAGCCCAGCAGGAGGAUUUCUCCCGUCUCAGACAACAGAGCCCUUGACUUGGUUUUGUAACUGGAGCUUCAAACCCAGGGACACUGCCACUCAUUCCCAUAGGAAUCUCUGGGGACAUCUAACUCUGGGACAAGAACCCAUUCAUAAUGGGGACUGUGCUGCUGUGAUGUGCCUUUCCCUGAGGUCCUACCAGCUGGGAACCAAGAAGGGUGGAGAGAAUGUACUCUUUGGGGUUUGUGUGAAAUCAUAAUCACAGGCCAAAAUUUUAUAGCACAGGAUACCUUGAAGGCCAAAGCAAAAGGGGAAUUGUACUUCAGCUUCUAAAUCCCCAGAGCACUGAGAUUUCCUUCUAGAAAUCAGUAACUCCUUGGUACUUCUAGCCAGCCAUUCACUGAUUUUUGUUGUGUCUUAUACUGGCUUUUUUUGCAGUGAGGUUUUCCUAGAAAUAAAUGAUUCUUCCCCGUCCCUC